CGCACUCGUCUCGUACCGUGAGCGCGCCGCGGUGGUGACAGUCGCCAUUUUAUUUUGAAAAUCAAACUGAACUGGAGGCACAGCGACCCUUCCAUUUCGUCAAGUUUGUUGUGCGAAACAAGAAGGGAUGAACAUCUGAAUUACUUUCUUGGGAGCACGAUGCUGAACUUGAUGUUAAACUGAAGGACUCUAUCUAGCACUGGGAGCCACUGAUCGGAAAACUCAUUUGGAAGCCUACAUUUUUCACACCUUUUGGGGGGGGGGAGCAGAAGUAACCUAUCACUGAAGUGACUAAAGGGGAAUAAUGGUGAUUUUGCGCCGUGCUCGGCCGCCUGCUUCCGCCCCAACCAGCAAUGAAUCUUGACUCGCUCUCGCUGGCUUUGUCUCAAAUCAGCUAUCUGGUGGACAAUUUAACAAAGAAAAACUACCGAGCCAGCCAGCAAGAAAUACAGCAUAUUGUAAAUCGUCACGGUCCUGAGGCAGACAGGCAUCUACUACGCUGUCUCUUCUCCCAUGUGGAUUUCAGUGGCGAUGGUAAAAGCAGUGGCAAGGACUUUCACCAGACACAGUUUCUGAUCCAGGAGUGUGUGUCGCUGAUAUCAAAGCCAAACUUUAUCGCUACUCUGUGCUACGCCAUUGACAAUCCCCUGCACUACCAGAAGAGUUUGAAGCCAUCGGCCCACCUGUUCACUCAACUGAGUAAAGUUCUCAAGCUCAGCAAGGUCCAAGAGGUGAUAUUUGGACUUGCUUUGCUCAACUCCAGCAACGCAGACCUUCGUGGUUUUGCUGCACAGUUCAUCAAGCAGAAACUUCCGGACCUUCUGCGGUCAUACGUUGACGCGGAUCUCGGAGGAAACCAGGAAGGUGGCUUCCAAGACAUUGCCAUAGAGGUCUUGCAACUACUGCUCUCCCAUCUACUGUUUGGCCAGAAGGGAGCCAGUGGGGUAGGGCAAGAGCAGAUUGACGCCUUCCUCAAGACACUUUGCCGAGAUUUCCCCCAGGAGCGCUGCCCUGUGGUGCUCGCACCACUGCUGUACCCUGAAAAACGGGACAUUCUCAUGGACAGGAUCCUACCAGACUCGGGGGAGUUAGCUAAGACCAUGAUGGAGAGUUCUCUCGCAGAAUUCAUGCAAGAAGUUGGCUAUGGCUUCUGUGCUAGUCUGGAUGAGUGCAGAAACAUAAUCAUUCAGUAUGGGGUGAGAGAGGUGACUGCCAGCCAGGUAGCCAGGGUCCUUGGCAUGAUGGCUCGUACCCACUCUGGCCUUACUGAUGGCAUCCCACUUCAGUCCAUCUCAGCUCCAGGAAGUGGUAUCUGGAGCGAUGGUAAGGAUAAGAACGAUGGCUCGCAGGCACACACUUGGAACGUUGAAGUUCUCAUCGAUGUCGUGAAAGAAGUGAAUCCCAACCUGAACUUCAAAGAGGUGACAUAUGAACUGGACCACCCAGGAUUUAUAAUCCGGGACAGUAAAGGCCUGCACAUAGUGGUGUAUGGCAUUCAGAGGGGGUUGGGCAUGGAGGUCUUCCCUGUUGAUCUCAUCUAUCGGCCAUGGAAACAUGCAGAGGGACAGCUGUCAUUCAUUCAGCACUCCCUGAUGAGCCCAGAAGUGUUUUCCUUUGCUGACUACCCUUGCCACACCGUGGCUAUUGACAUCCUUAAAGCCCCACCAGAGGAUGACAACAGGGAGAUUGCCACCUGGAAAAGUCUGGACCUGGUGGAGAGUCUGCUCAGACUGUCUGAGGUGGGCCAGUAUGAGCAGGUGAAGCAGCUAUUUAGCUUUCCAAUCAAGCACUGCCCAGACAUGUUGGUCCUGGCAUUGCUGCAGAUCUCCCCCUCCUGGCACACACUGCGCCAUGAGCUCAUCUCUACCCUCAUGCCCAUCUUCCUGGGCAACCACCCGAACUCUGCCAUUAUCCUGCACUACGCCUGGCAUGGACAGGGACAGUCUCCCUCCAUCCGUCAACUAAUUAUGCAUUCAAUGGCUGAGUGGUACAUGAGAGGGGAGCAGUAUGACCAAGCUAAGCUGUCUCGCAUCCUGGAUGUGGCACAGGACUUGAAGUCUCUAUCGAUGUUGCUGAAUGGUACUCCCUUUGCCUUUGUUAUUGACCUUGCUGCACUUGCCUCUCGCCGUGAAUACCUCAAACUUGAUAAAUGGCUAACUGACAAAAUCAGAGAGCAUGGGGAACCUUUUAUCCAGGCCUGUGUGACAUUCCUGAAGAGACGCUGCCCAUCCAUUAUGGGGGGUCUGGCCCCAGACAAGGACCAGCCCAAAAGUGCCCAGCUACCCCCGGAGACCUUAGCCACCAUGCUGGCCUGCCUGCAGUCCUGUGCAGGGAGCGUGUCGCAGGAGCUGUCAGAGACUAUCCUGACCAUGGUUGCCAACUGCAGCAAUGUGAUGAAUAAAGCCCGGCAACCACCACCAGGGGUAAUGCCUAAGGGACGUGCCCCCAGCACCAGCAGCCUGGAUGCCAUCUCUCCUGUACAGAUGGACUCUCUGUCUGGUAUGGGUUCCUUGAACCUGGGGGGCACAGCCACCUCCCAUACUCAAAGCAUGCAGGGUUUCCCAACCUCACUGAGUUCAGCUUUCAGUAAUCCCCAGUCCCCAGCAAAGGCCUUCCCACCACUGUCCAACCCCAACCCCAGCACACCAUUUGGUGGCAUAGGCAGCCUGUCCUCGCAGCUUCCCGGUAUGGACUCUGGUCCUCUGGGCACGGGCAUUGGCUCCGGUAUUGGCUCUAGUCUGGGUAUGUCAACCGUGAACACCGACCCUUUUGGCACCAGGAAGAUGAGCACACCAGGCCUGAACCCACCAACCUUUCAGCAGACUGACCUUUCUCAGGUGUGGCCCGAGGCAAACCAGCACUUUAGUAAGGAGAUCGAUGAUGAAGCAAACAGUUAUUUCCAGCGCAUCUACAACCACCCACCUCACCCAACUAUGUCUGUGGAUGAAGUACUGGAAAUGCUGCAGAGAUUCAAGGAUUCAACCAUCAAGCGGGAACGAGAGGUGUUCAAUUGCAUGCUACGGAACUUGUUUGAGGAAUACCGAUUCUUCCCCCAGUACCCAGACAAGGAGCUGCACAUCACUGCCUGCCUUUUUGGUGGCAUUAUUGAGAAGGGUCUUGUCACCUACAUGGCCCUGGGCUUGGCCCUCCGAUAUGUUCUUGAAGCCUUAAGAAAACCCUAUGGAUCCAAAAUGUAUUAUUUUGGAAUUGCCGCCCUAGAUAGGUUUAAAAACAGACUAAAGGACUAUCCUCAAUAUUGUCAACACCUGGCUUCAAUUGCACACUUCUUGCAAUUCCCCCACCAUUUACAAGAGUGCGUGCAGUAUAUCGAGUAUGGCCAACAGUCACGGGACCCUCCGGUGAAGAUGCAAGGCUCCAUCACCACACCUGGCAGUCUGGCACUUGCACAAGUCCAAGCCCAGUCGCAGCAACCUGGCGUCCCUAAAGCCCCACAGCCAGGUCAGCCCAGCACUCUAGUCACCACCACCACGACUACAACCACAGUAGCCAAGACCCCUACCAUCACAAGACCAACACCCAGCAGCUUCAAGAAGGAUGUGCCUCCCUCUAUAAACACAACCAACAUUGACACCCUGCUGGUGGCCACUGACCAAACAGAAAGGAUUGUAGAGCCUCCAGAGAAUGUUCAGGAGAAGAUUGCUUUUAUCUUCAACAACCUUUCUCAAUCCAACAUGACCCAAAAGGUUGAGGAGUUGAAAGAGACGGUGAAAGAAGAGUUCAUGCCCUGGGUGUCACAGUACCUGGUGAUGAAACGUGUCAGCAUUGAGCCCAACUUCCACAGUCUCUAUUCCAACUUUCUGGACACUCUCAAGAACCCUGAGUUUGUGAAGAUGGUCCUCAAUGAGACUUACAGGAAUAUCAAGGUUCUGUUGACCUCUGACAAGGCAGCUGCCAAUUUCUCUGAUCGCUCCCUGCUGAAGAACUUGGGCCACUGGUUGGGCAUGAUUACACUGGCCAAAAACAAGCCUAUCCUUUACACGGAUCUGGAAGUCAAGUCUCUGCUACUGGAAGCCUAUGUGAAGGGCCAGCAGGAGCUACUGUAUGUGGUUCCCUUUGUGGCAAAGGUUUUAGAGUCCAGUCUACGAAGCAUGGUCUUCAGGCCGCAGAACCCCUGGACCAUGGCCAUCAUGAAUGUUCUCGCUGAGCUGCAUCAAGAACAUGACCUCAAGCUGAACUUAAAGUUUGAAAUUGAAGUUCUGUGUAAGAACUUGUCUUUGGACAUCAAUGACCUCAAGCCAGGAAGCUUGCUGAAGGACAAAGAGAAGCUAAAGAGCCUGGAGGAGCAGCUGUCUGCACCAAAGAAAGAGGCGAAGCCUCCAGAGGAGAUGCUGCCAGUUUCUACCACAGGAGACUUUGUUCCAUUUGCAGCCCCUCCCUCAACCCCAGCUGCCACCACCACCACUUGCACAACCACCGGGCCCCCCACCCCACAGUUCAGUUACCACGAUAUCAAUGUGUAUGCCUUGGCAGGCCUGGCUCCACACAUCAAUAUCAAUGUUAAUAUCCCAUUGCUACAGGCCCAUCCUCAGUUGAAGCAGUGUGUACGUCAGUCAGUAGAGCGAGCUGUUCAGGAGCUGGUGCACCCUGUGGUUGACCGCUCUAUCAAAAUAGCCAUGACGACCUGUGAGCAGAUCAUCAGGAAGGACUUUGCCCUGGAUUCAGAGGAGUCCCGCAUGCGUGUGGCUGCCCACCAUAUGAUGAGAAACCUAACUGCUGGCAUGGCCAUGAUCACCUGCCGCGAGCCCCUGCUCAUGAGCAUCGCCACCAACCUUAAGAACAGCUUUGCUGCUGCACUAAGGGCACCAACCCCCCAACAGAGGGAAAUGAUGGAAGAGGCUGCUGCAAGGAUUGCACAAGACAACUGUGAACUGGCUUGCUGUUUCAUUCAGAAAACGGCUGUGGAAAAGGCUGGCCCUGAAAUGGACAAGAGACUAGCCACGGAGUUUGAGCUGAGGAAGCAUGCACGCCAAGAGGGUCGUCGGUACUGUGAUCCUGUUGUUCUGACUUACCAGGCUGAACGAAUGCCAGAGCAGAUCAGACUCAAGGUGGGAGGAGUGGACCCAAAGCAACUGGCUGUAUAUGAGGAGUUUGCCAGGAACGUUCCAGGUUUCUUACCCAGUAAUGAUCUCUCCCAGCCCACUGGCUUUUUGGCUCAGCCCAUGAAGCAACAGGCAUGGGCCACAGAUGAUGUGGCUCAGAUCUACGAUAAGUGCAUGGCAGACUUGGAGCAACAUCUUCAUGCCAUCCCUCCAGCCCUUGCCAUGAACCCCUUGACCCAGGCUCUACGCAGCCUGCUGGAAGCUGUGGCCUUGGCUAGGAAUUCCAGGGACGGCAUCGCCGCACUUGGCCUUCUGCAGAAGGCUGUGGAAGGUCUUCUGGAUGCUACUAGUGGAGCUGAUGCUGACUUGCUGCUACGCUACAGGGAGUGCCACCUGCUGGUGCUUAAAGCCCUACAGGAUGGACGUGCCUAUGGACCACAGUGGUGCAAUAAACAGAUCACCAGGUGUCUGAUUGAAUGCCGUGACGAGUACAAAUACAACGUAGAAGCAGUGGAGCUUCUGAUCAGGAACCAUCUUGUGAAUAUGCAGCAGUAUGACCUGCACCUGGCACAGUCAAUGGAAAACGGACUGCACUAUAUGGCAGUUGCAUUCGCCAUGCAGUUGGUGAAGCUCCUGCUAGUGGAUGAACGCAGUGUCAGCCAUGUCACAGAGGCUGACCUCUUCCACACAAUUGAGACUUUGAUGAGGACCUGUGCACACUCCAGAGCCAACGCACCUGAAGGCCUUCCCCAGCUGAUGGAUGUUGUUCGCUCCAACUAUGAGGCCAUGAUUGACAGGGCCCACGGAGGACCCAACUUCAUGAUGCACUCUGGGAUUUCACAGGCUUCAGAAUAUGAUGAUCCUCCAGGCCUGAGGGAGAAGGCAGAGUACCUCCUGAGGGAAUGGGUCAACCUGUACCACUCAGCUGCAGCUGGCAGGGAUAGCACCAAAGCUUUCUCUGCUUUUGUUGGCCAGAUGCACCAGCAGGGCAUCCUGAAGACAGAUGACCUGAUCACAAGGUUCUUCCGGCUGUGCACAGAAAUGUGUGUGGAGAUAAGCUAUCGGGCGCAGGCUGAGCAGCAGCACAACCCAGCAGCCAGUGCAGCCAUCAUCAGAGCCAAGUGUUACCACAACCUGGAUGCCUUUGUGAGGCUCAUAGCCCUGCUGGUUAAACACUCUGGAGAGGCCACCAACACGGUGACAAAAAUCAACCUCCUAAACAAGGUGCUCGGUAUUGUAGUUGGGGUGCUAAUCCAGGACCACGAUGUCCGUCAGACAGAAUUCCAGCAGCUACCAUACCACCGCAUUUUCAUCAUGCUGCUGUUGGAGCUCAACGCUCCCGAACAUGUCCUGGAGACCAUCAACUUCCAGACACUCACUGCUUUCUGCAAUACCUUCCACAUCCUGAGACCUACCAAAGCACCAGGUUUUGUGUACGCCUGGCUGGAACUCAUCUCCCAUCGCAUCUUCAUUGCCAGGAUGUUAGCACACACACCCCAGCAAAAGGGUUGGCCCAUGUAUGCACAGCUGCUGAUUGAUCUAUUCAAGUACCUGGCCCCAUUCCUGAGGAAUGUAGAGCUCAACAAACCUAUGCAAAUCCUCUACAAGGGCACACUGCGAGUGCUCCUGGUCCUGCUGCAUGACUUCCCAGAGUUCCUGUGUGACUACCAUUAUGGCUUCUGCGAUGUUAUCCCACCCAACUGCAUCCAGCUCCGCAACCUCAUCCUCAGUGCCUUUCCACGCAACAUGAGGCUCCCUGACCCUUUCACACCCAAUCUCAAGGUGGACAUGCUGAGCGAGAUCAACAUCGCGCCCCGUAUUCUAACCAACUUCACAGGCGUAAUGCCUUCCCAGUUCAAGAAGGAUCUGGACUCAUAUCUGAAGACUCGUUCACCAGUCACCUUCUUGUCUGAGCUUCGCAGCAACCUGCAGGUGUCCAACGAGCCAGGAAACCGCUACAACAUCCAGCUGAUCAAUGCUCUAGUGUUGUAUGUAGGCACACAGGCAAUCGCUCACAUCCACAACAAGGGCAGCACCCCCUCUAUGAGCACUAUCACCCACUCUGCACAUAUGGACAUCUUCCAGAACCUGGCUGUGGACCUGGACACUGAGGGGCGAUACCUGUUCUUGAACGCGAUCGCCAAUCAACUGCGCUACCCCAACAGCCACACUCACUACUUCAGCUGCACCAUGCUGUAUCUGUUUGCUGAGGCCAACACAGAGGCCAUCCAGGAGCAGAUCACCAGGGUUCUGUUGGAGAGGCUGAUUGUGAACAGGCCCCACCCAUGGGGUCUGCUCAUCACCUUCAUUGAGCUGAUCAAGAAUCCUGCCUUCAAGUUCUGGAGCCACGACUUUGUGCACUGUGCCCCUGAGAUUGAAAAGCUGUUCCAGUCAGUAGCCCAGUGCUGCAUGGGGCAGAAGCAGGCCCAGCAGGUGAUGGAGGGCACCGGUGCCAGCUAGCCUGUGUACCAGCCAGCUCGUAGCCCUAGGGAGAGAUGCCGCGGCCUUGACCCACUCCCCCACCACACACACACCUCUCUCUUUACUGUUGGCACUGGAUUAACUGGCAACCACAGUCAUUUGAAAUGUGGAUGAAAUGACUACUGCUCACGGAUCUAGAGAGUUAGAUUUUUGUUUAACCCUUUGGGGCUGAAUUGAGAUGGAGAGAUUGGAUUGGGACAUGCUGUUUAAUAUCCUUUUUUGAUGCUUUGAUGUAAAUAUUGGAAAAAAGGGAGAACGGGAGAGUAGAUACGUGGAGAGCAUUGCACAUGUCAAAUAAAAUGUAUCCUGACAUGUAAAGACAUCAAAACAUAUUUUCACUCACUACCAAAGUCCUUGGUUUGCUUCCCUCCCACACAGAUCCUUUUUUCUGACUUUUUUUUUGCUUUCAGAGGCUGAACGGUAGAUGAUUGAAGAAAAAAAGCUGCCUGCUACUUUCAUUUGAUUCCUUUUUAUCCCAGAGUGGGACAGGAAGAUGAAGUUUAGUCUCCCAGGUGGGGUGGGGGUCUACUCCUGGUGUGUCGGUGGAGACAGUUUGCUGAUGGUUUGUCCAUUUGAAACUGGCUCUGGAAGUCUCUCCCUGGCACUUGUAAAUUGUGCAAAGUGAUGGCGACAUCGUAUCUUGAUGAUUUGUACAAAGAUCCAAAAUUGAAGAACAACAAUAGAAGGACCAAUACAGCCCAUUUUGUAACAUUUUGAAUGUUUUGUAAAUGUAUUGGUCCAUGUGUUGUAUUUUGUAGUCCUUUCUAGUUUGCCUUUAGUUCUUGCUACUUAACUGCAGUAUGCAUACAUACAGAAAAUAAAGCAUUCAAACUGCAAGCAUCUGUGUUCAUUCAGGACUACAAGAGUAAUGUGAUGGUGCUAAUAUACCACGUUUUUCAAAAGUUGGUGCUGGUAUCUAUUUUUUAUUUUAUAUAUAUAAAAAUCAGUUACUGAUGAACUA